UUGUCUUAUGCUUACUGAAGCUGCCCCGUAUAAAAAACACGAGUCAAAUAUUCAUAAAAAUGGAUGAAGAAAGUAUUUCCAAACACAAUAUGCCAAAGACAAUUCACUCAAUGGGUGAAGAAUUUGUCAUUGAAAUCAACUCUGAUUACAGCGAAGAGGAGGGGGAGGAAGAAGAGGAGGAAAACAGCAGUGUUAGGGGAGCAGAACACUGUGAUGAGACAGAUUCUAUGCAACCGUGCACUGCACAACAAAAUCCUUCCACUGAAGACCAAAAUAAUGUCUGUCCACAAGCAACAAAGACUGCAAAAGUGUCUAGUCCAAUAAAGAUAGGAAGAGACUUGGCCGGUAAGGUGAAUUUUAUUGGUUUGGAGCCUGCAGAUGAAAGUCCGUCUUCUGCUGAAUUGGAGAAUGAGGAGCCUUCAGGACUUGAAAAUAUUAAGAUUGUAAAUGUUUGCACCCUUGCCCAUGAUUUUGAAGAGGAUACCACAGAAGACAUGGGGAUAAUGGACCCAAACUCGAAACAGGCCAUGAGACCAGAAGAAGGUAUCCCACAAGAUUCUGUUUCACCCACCACACCAAACAUGAUUAUUGUCCAGGAGCAUCGAUCACAAAGUACCCUUUCAGUGAUGCUUGUAUGCAAGUUUUGUCAUCAGCUUUUUCCUACUCAUGAGGCUUUAUAUUACCAUGCUAGACAUCACAGAAACAUAGAAGAUGAACACUCCGUAAACAAGCACUUUCACCAGCAAGUACCUGUUGAAAAAUCACAGGGGAAUGAAAUGAAGAAUGAGAGUCCAGUUCAGCAAAGUGUUCGUGAAUCUGUUCAGAAAAAAAGAAAGAGUGAUGAGCAAGACACUUCUGAACAAAAACCAAUGAAAAAAAUGAAAAGAAAAUCCCAAGGACUUGCUGUUGAGGAGAACAAGUGUGAAAAAUGUGGUAAAAUUUUCAUGAAAGAUUAUCAAUAUAAAACACAUAUUUUAUUGUGCAAAGGAAAGACAAGCAAAAUGGCAACUUGUUUUGAAUGCAACAAAAUGAUUCCAGCACACGAAGAAUAUGAACAUGCUUUGAAAUAUCAUAAUGUAGUGUGUCAAAUAUGUGGCCAUAAUCUGAUGCAAGAAUCUCGACUAAAAUCACACAUGAAGCUUGUGCACAAGAUUUCUAAUGAUGAAAAGGUUAAAAAAUCAACUGAAAGAAAGAAUGUUUUUCUUGUUGUUGAACAAGCCUAUUACAGAACAUGCAGCUGUGGCAAAGCAUGUGGGUCAUAUGAAGAGUAUCAGGAACAUAAGAAAAAACACAGAGCUGAUAGAAAAACAGAAAUGGUGCCUAAAGAGGAAGAAAAUGAGAAACCAGAGGAUGAAGAAAAAACUGAACAGAAUCAAAAUGAUUCGGUUGAAAUAAAAUGUGAGAAGUGUGGUAAAAUCUUUUUAUCAUCUUACCAUUUAGAGAGCCAUCUGAAAAGAUGUUCCGCCACGGCUGUUAAAAUGAUGCUAUGUGAUAUAUGUGAAAAGCUGGUUCCUAUGGAUGAACAUAGAGAGCAUGUCUAUUCUCACAGAAUUGCGUGUGAACUAUGUGGCAAAAUUUGUAUGGGAGAAAGGCACCUUCAGCGCCAUCAUUGUUUGGCAAAACAAAAGAUGAAAGAAGAAGCUGCCAGAAAAGAAAAGAAAACCACUUUGGAGUCAUUUGUUUCAGAAAGGAGUAAAACCUUGAAGAUGGAAAAACUCAGGAAGUCUAUACUUUUAGCUAAAAACUUGAAACGAAAAUUAACAGCAGAACAGGAAGAGUUUUUAUUAAUGGAAAUGAAUGGUAAAAAACUGGAAUCUCAGAACUUGAGCAGUGAAGUAACAGAUCGUGAAGUGGUAAAGGAUCCUGUUGUAAGUGAUGUCGAGAAAGCAACAUCAGUUGUUGAAAAAAGUGCAAUCAUUCCAGUACAGUGCAAGAAUGAUGAAGAUGACAGAAAUGAUAUUUUUGAUUCAAUUUCUUCUAAAGAAGAGAAAGAGAAAGAUAAGACAGUUAUUGCAGCAGCUUUAAGUUGUAGCCAAUCGGAGAGCAAUCCGGAAAAAGAUGAUAGCCAUGUUUCUUUUAGAGUGGGGUCUGAAGGCAGCAACACUGAAAAAAAUGUGAAUAAACAAACAGACAUAAAAAAGGGAGGUAAAAGAAAAAGGAAGAAGUACAAAAGAGGGAAACUUCUGGGGCAGAGAAGAAAACAAAGAAUUAGGGAGGAGAAGGAAGAGGUGCAUGAGGGACAGGACAUUGUGGCCUUAGCUCUAGCUGUAAUGGAAAGGAAGUGUGAUGAAAUUGAUGGAUGUAAUGUUUUAAUGGCAGCAGAAAGUCAUUCUCAAGAAUCAGCUGCUGGAGAAGAACAAAGUGUUAAAAAGACAAUUAGGAUAAAUCCCUCCCCAAAUGAUAUUUCAAAGGGAGCAAAAAGACUCUCUCAAGAAUCAGAGAAUGAAGGGGAAGAGAAUGCCAAAACACAUGAAGACGUUCAAAAUUCAGCAUCAAAGUCUAGUCUAGAGGAAAACAUUGUCAAUUCAGAAGAAUCUAAAGUAACUUAUGUUGAAAUUUUAAAAGAAAGUGGAAUACCAACUUCUGAACCAAUAGUAAAUUCUUCAAUGAUAAAAGUCAAUUGGGUAAUAAAAUCUCACCUGGAUGACUGGCUAAUGCCUGCUUCACAGUCUAAUCAAAAUCCACAAGCGUGGAUCUGUCGCCAUUGUGGAAAACAACUCAAGACUAGAGAAGAGGGUUUGAAUCAUAUGAUUGAAUACCAUCCAGCUAACAAGACAACCAAAGAGAUUGUGAAGGAAUUGAACAGAUCUAGAAAUUAUAUUUAUUGAGAGAAAAAAUCUCUAUAUAUGACAGGAUGAUAAAGUGAUUUUUUGAAAAGUGUUUGUAUGAUUUAAAAAACCUAAAUGUGUUCACUCAUAUUCAUGUACUGUAAAAGAGAUGUUUUAAUGAGUAUCUUGUUGCAGUUGACUUAUUUUCAAGUAAGGUUUAUCACAUUAAACAUUUAAUUUAGUUGUGUACUAAUAGAUUGUUUUCAGUGUA